UGCAGAACGUGCUGGACUUCAUGGAGAACAACACGGUGACUGUACCCGCACCUGUACCACAGAUCGUGCAGGUACUCAACGCGAGCCACGCCCUCCUCACCAGACUCAGAGACACCACGUCGCUGUGGACGGAGAUGGAGCGCGGUCUGCCUUACUCCGCGGGUCUGCUGAGGCGAGCGGGGGUUCUGCCGAGGCUGCUCGCUCUGCCGUACCUGUGGCUGCUCGAGGGGGUCCCGCAGGUCGCCAUCAGCCUCCUCGGCAACGCGACGGCCUGGCGGACGUAUCCCUGCGGCGAGACGUCCUUGGCCUCCUUGUUCCCCGCGUCCUCCGAGGGCUUGCCUGUGACCUGGGCCGCCCUUGACCGCAUUAAGGCCGAGGUCAGGAGGGUCGAGGCCUACCUCUGCCACAACUACAGCGCCAUCGUCAGCGAGGUCGCCUCGGAUGCUAAACUGACGAAUAGUGUCAGAGCUUUGGUGGAGGACCUGAGACCAGGUGCCAUCGAGAUCAGCGGCACCAUCGAGCUCCUGCAGACGCUCCCUGAUCUGGUCCUGUCCCUGGAUCUGAGCCAGCUGCUUCAGGAGGUGACCACGCCCGGAGGAGUUUCCCUUCAGCAGGAGUUCGCCGAUUCCUUCGCUGGGAAUUUCCCUCGAGAUGACACUGGCAGCGUCCUGGCGGGCCUGCUGGACCGGGCGCUGCAGCACCUCGCCGCGGACGCCUGGACGGCCGGCACAGCGAGCAGCAUCCGCCUGGGAAUGUUCCACGCGCAGGCCAUCGCGAGGGAGCUCACGGCGGUGCUUGAAGCUCAAGUGUCGCUCGCCGCGAUUCUCGGAGUUCCAGCCGACUACCCUCCGCUCGCCCUUCUUCAGGAGGACCCCGCCGGCACCGCCUCCUUCCUGGUGGACGAAAUCUCUUCCCUCGCCAUGUCGGUCCUCCAGGGCAAAACAGUCGACUACGAGUGGGUGGGUGGGAUGUGCAACAGGAGCAAGGGCGUGAGCAGCGUCGUCCAGCUCGUGUGUUUCAUCCUAGACAACCCACAGCCGCCCGAGUUGCAUUCCAACCUCACCGCCAUCAUCACUGCAUCCGUGGAGAGCUUCGCGAACCCGAAUGGAGUCGUCCCCCAGGUGAAGGCGAAGGACGUGCUGGAUAGUGUAUCUCUGCUGGUGGAACGUCUACAGGGCUUCGAUGUGAGCCGCCUUCUGAACUUAGGUUUGGCGGAAACCUUCUUUAACGCUUCCAUGGCGGAACUGGAGGUGUUCAAGGCGGAACUUCUGGACCUGCAGAAGCAAUGGCUCUGGAAGGCUGCAGAUGCGGUUGUCUCGCAGAAUGCGAACGCGUCUGAGGUGGUAAGGAAGGCUAGCGUCAUUCUCACGUAUAUCCUACAGUGGCUGCCCGCCUCGCCAGAUGACGUAAACUCGUUGAUCCCCGCACCUCUGCUGAGCAUCCACCAACUCCUCAAUUCCACCUGGAUCGACCUGCUGGACGGAUUCCACCACAACCUCAUGCUCAACCCCGGCCUCGUCAACCUCACUCUGCCGGAAAUUUGUUCCUCGACCUCCAACCUCGAGGAGCCCUCGGGAGGAGCUGGGAAUUUCUUAGAAACCCUCGAGACCCUCUGCCAGCUGGUCUCGGACCUCGCUGCGGAAGACUGGCUGCAGUUCGGUCAGCUGUUGAGUGAUUUGGAGCCUGGCGGAGGGAAAGGAAAUGGAGGUAAUAACAUGCAAUCAGGUACCAAGGAAAUCUACGACCUUGGCCAAGAAGUGUUCGACCGCCUGCGCGUCUUUCUGGAGGGAGCGGACCAGUCGUUGAUGUCCGAUUUCUUGCUUCAGCUGCAGUCGUACCUGAGCUGGGGAAACUGGGAGGAUCUCCUGGGGAGGAUUCAGGCGAGGAAGGAAAAUAGCACGUUAUCUGACCUGAUGCCCCCGCUGGAGAUGCUGCUGAAGGGGUUGGAGGGAGCCACGGACCCCAGCGCCCCCCUUCACGUCCUGAGGGCCUUGUCCUUGAAACUUACCCUCGGCCGCUACUUGCUCGCUGGCAGCAUCCGGGAUCUUCUGGGCGGGGCUUCAACGCUGCAAAGCCUCGUGGAGACGAUGACGUCACAGCUGCCGUAUGCCCUGAGGGACGUGGUGGGCGCCGUGGCACAGGAGCCCAAGGAGGUGGCCAAAGUGAUCGAGUCCCUGAGCGCAGACUCGUGGGCCUCCGUCUGCCAGGAGGACCUCGAGAAGUUCGGCCAGUCUCUCCAGGCUUUUAAGGACAGCCUCUGCCAAGUGAACCCUCAGGACAUCGCUGGCGACUUCAAUAAGCUCUUGAAGAUCGACGUCCUCCAGGGCAUCACGCCAGUUAAUCUCGAGGAGGUUCUCAACGCGAGCUUGAAUUUGGCGCGAGAUUUGAAAGGCCAAGAAUCCCUCCUUCAGAAGUUCGAAGACCCGGUGACCUACUUGGGGCUGGAGACGUGGCUCAACAUCCACAGCCUCGUGUUUAAUGUUACGGCGGACGAGAUGUGGGAAAAUAGCACCAUGAUCCUAGCGACCGCCUUAGGACCCCUUGUGAACCUGAGCUUCGAGUUGAGCCCAGAGGAAACGGUGGUCUUGAGGGAGGUCCUGGCGGAGGCGGGGAGGUACCUGCGUGGCGCCAAGUUCUUCUUGGCACUGGCUCGGGGCGGCGACACGUGGCAGUUCAUCAGGGAGGCAAGUCUAAGAUGCGAUUGUGGUCUGUUGUUAAAGGCUCCAUCACGCUGUCACUGUUUCCGUCAAUUUUUGCGUUUCCGAAUGAAGUUUCCUUGUGAAAUUCGACUGACCUAUCACAUUGCCAAGGCAGCAAAAAUUGCCCAUCACAAGAUCAAGACGGAAAUAAGUCCACGCAACCGCCUUCGUCUGGGAGGUGUUGCGAAAGCCUCAAAUCCAAAAUUGACGGAAAAAGUGCUAGUGCGAUAUGGCCUUAUUAGACUGAAAAUGUUUGUUAUUGCUGUUGUUGUUGCUAAUUAUGUCUAUGCGGACAAACCUGUGGUGGUCAAGUUCCUCGACAUAGCAGAGAAACUUCCCGACUUCUUCUACGAGCAUGGCAUGUUCUUCGGAAACUUCACUGUGUUGUCUCAAGUCAUACUGCUGGGUAGUGACACCCCUUGCAACCUGCUAUUCUUCCUGCUGGACGGCCACCGAGACCUCAUGAGGAACGAAAGCGCCGCCCUGCUGAGGGAGGUGUUCCAGUUCGUGUGCGACCCUCAGCAGUUAUCGCUCUUGCAGUCUCAGCUUGUGCCCACAACGCCCCCUGUCAUUGUGAACGUCACCAUGGAGGUCGACGCAGCGACCCUCGGGCUCCUCAUAGACCACGUGGCUUGGGACGUCGUGAAGAUCGCCCAGGGAAGGUUCUUCGAGGGUGACGUACGGCUCCCCCUCUGGCUCCAGAGGCAGAGCUGGGAGAAGGUCCUGCUCAUGCUGGAACACUACCAAAGAGAGACAACCAUCCAGGACGUGGUGGUGCUCUUGGCUGGCCUCGGGCUGGACGCGGCGCGGCUUCGUCUGGACCAGCAGUACAUCGUCCCGGCGGCUGGUUUGGUGUUCAACCUCGCUUCCCGCUUCGUCACUGCCGUCGAUGAAAACACCGGAGAGCUCGACUUGGAGGUGUUUACAGAAGGUUUGGGUUCUGUGGCGAAUCUGCAGCAGGAGGUGGUGCCGAUGCUGGCUGAUCUCUUGGCUCUCGUCCUGUGGUUCCCGGAGUCGAAAAUGUACUAUGGCCUGCUGUCAGGUGUUCCCCCGCUGGAGCUGUAUGAGAACAUGUGCCAAGGCGAUAUUAAGGAAUACCUGUUGCACCCGAGCUUGAGCGAAGCGAGGUGGCAGACCGUCCAAGACCUCCUGUGCACAACGAACUUCGACGACCUCCAGAAAGACCUGGCGCCCCUCUUCAACACGACCCCUAUAGUGGACGGCGUCGCGGUGAAGUGGGUGCUGGUGGGCGCAGAGGUGGAGAAAGUUGUAUGGAGGUUCAACGUCGAAGCUCUUGGCUUUUUGGACGUCUUGCACGGGAAUCCUUACUUCCAGUCGCUGGAAAAUGUUACAUCAGGACUGGCUCGAGGCCUGGUCAUGGCCACAACCUCCGUGGUGCCUUUGGUGAAGCAGGGACCCACCUACGAGAUGCAGCGGUAUGCCGAGGUUCUCAUCAGCAUCAUGGUGGCGCUAGAACCCAUUGCCGAGCCAGGCUCCCCGAGGUUGUCCUCCCGCCUCCAGGACCCGGAGCAGAUGCAGGCUUUGUUGGAGGAAUACACGCGCGCGGUGCGAAACUUCAACGCCAGGAGAGCGGAACUGCAGCUGAAGUACCAAGUAAGUAUUGACGAGAAGCGCGAUCUUUCAUUGGUAUUGGUAUCGAAGAGGUAGUUCGUAUAUAUUUGU